GUUGAACCAACAACCACAGUUGAUCAAACAACCACUGUUGAACCAACUCCAACAACCACUGUUGAACCAACAACCACUGUUGAACCAACAACCACUGUUGAACCUACAACCACUGUUGAACCAACAACCACUGUUGAUCAAACAACCACUGUUGAACCAACAACCACUGUUGAACCAACAACCACUGUUGAACCAACAACCACAGUUGAACCAACAACCACUGUUGAUCAAACAACCACUGUUGAACCAACAACCACUGUUGAACCAACAACCACUGUUGAACCAACAACCACUGUUGAUCCAACAACCACUGUUGAACCAACA